AUGGCGACGAUGGCAUGUUGUAGUAUAGGGCAGAGUGUGUACCCAAGGGUGAGUGGAGUUAAUUUCCUCGUUCCACUGUCUUCCCCUUCUCUCGUCCCAAAUCACCACAACAGCCAUUCCUUUUCAAGGCUUCGCAUUUCGAUUCAUCUCGCGGCGGCGGUGCCAUCGACGUUACCCAAAGCCUCGGUGAGGAACGACGGCCCUACCGACGACGGAGUCUCUCUAGGCACCAUGAAGCUGCCUUUGGACACUGACCUUCAGAGAUUCGAUUCCUUGCUCUUUCAGUGGGCAAACAGCCUUAGCCAGGGAGCCAAUCUUCCUCUUCCCGUGCCUCUCAAGGUGGACAAAAUAGCUGGUGGAGCUAGGUUGGGUUUUAUCACCAUUGGGGAUGGGAAAACUGAAGUUCUUGUGUAUAUCGAUUGCUUGGUUUCUCCAGCAACUGAAAAUUCUGCUCCCAUUUUUCGUGCCAUUAGAAAUGGUCCUUUGAAAGAUAAGGUACCACCCGGUGAGCCCAGAAUAAUGAGAAGCCUUCUUCAAGCUCUUCAGAAGUCUAACUCUAUUUUCUGGGGGCCCUGCAAAGGAAAAACCAAGCAAUUCACUUUUUUCAAAGCCACAGAUCUCUUGCAAUUGCAACCACGGAUAACUGUCUGCUCUUCUUCAAAGGAUGCAGGCUCUCCUGACAACACACCAAGCAACUUUUGCAUUAUUGAGGGGCCAGAGACGGUUGAGGAUUUUGUUCAGAUGCAGCUGCAGGAAAUUCAAGACAACAUAAAGAGCAGGCGCAAUAAAAUAUUUCUUCUUAUGGAAGAGGUAAGGAGAUUACGUGUGCAGCAGCGCAUAAGAAGAGUACAAAAAGUUGUCAAUGAAGAGGGAGAGGAGGAAGCAAAUGAGAUGCCGGAUAUUCCAUCAUCAAUUCCUUUUCUUCCUCAUGUGACGCCCAAGACUUUGAAGAAGCUCUAUCUGACUAGCAUAUCAUUCAUAUCUGCAAUAAUUGUAUUCGGUGGGCUUAUUGCACCAACGCUGGAGCUAAAAUUAGGUUUGGGUGGUACCUCAUACGAAGAUUUCAUAAGAAACAUGCAUUUGCCUAGGCAACUAAGUCAGGUCGAUCCAAUUGUGGCGUCCUUUUCAGGUGGGGCAGUUGGUGUUAUUUCAGUCCUGAUGUUGAUUGAGGCUAACAAUGUUGAGCAACAAGAGAACAAAAAGUGCAAUUACUGCCAUGGAACUGGAUACUUGGCCUGUGCUCGCUGUUCUGCAAGUGGUGUAAGCUUGAACAUUGAUCCUAUAUCAGUAUCUAGAGCUUCUGCCAGACCUCUGCAUGCUCCUACGACCAGAAGGUGUCCAAAUUGCUCUGGUGCAGGAAAGGUUAUGUGUCCCUCUUGCCUUUGCACUGGCAUGAUGAUGGCAAGUGAACACGACCUGCGUAUUGAUCCAUUUGACUAA